UCAUAAAAAACAAAUUAAUCCACCAAGAAACCCUAAAUCUUCCUUCUCUUUCAUAUCCUCUCACCAAAGCCUCUGCUGCGCUCGGAUUCAAUUCCUCUCACUCUGUGUAAAUAAACGCUUCAUUCCGAAUUCUUCGAAUUGAGAGAGUGAGUAAAAGGAUCCUGCGAAGCCAUGGCUCUGGUUUUGCAUUCUACUGCAAACAAAAAUGCAAACAAGACACUUAUUGUGUCCGAGUUCAAUGGUGUAAAGGUUGAGCUAGCUAAGGAUUUUCAGAUGGGUGUUACAAAUAAGACCCCAGAAUUCAUCAAGAUGAAUCCCAUUGGGAAGAUUCCUGUGCUUGAAACACCUGAUGGCCCAAUAUUUGAGAGCAAUGCUAUUGCACGCUACGUGGCUCGGUUAAAUCCCGACAAAAACCUAUUUGGCUCCUCCUCUAUUGAAACUGGACAAAUUGAGCAAUGGAUUGAUUUUUCUACUAAUGAGAUUGACGCUCAUAUUUCUGCCUGGUUCUAUCCAAGAUUUGGUAUACGUGCACAUCUUCCUCCGGCCGAGGAGGCUGCAAUUGCUUCUCUGAAGAGAGGCUUGGAAGCUUUGAACUCCCAUCUUGCAUCUAACACCUACUUAGUUGGACACAGUGUCACACUAGCUGAUAUCAUCACAGUAUGUAUUCUGGUGCAAGGGAUCAAGGCAAUCCUGAUAAAGAGCUUCACCUCAGAGUUCCCGCAUGUCGAGAGGUACUUUUGGACCUUGGUCAAUCAGCCAAACUUCAAGAAAGUGUUGGGUGACAUUGAACAAGCCAAAUCUGUUCCACCUGUUUCAACCCUGAAACAUGGACAGCCGAAAGAAGCUGCGAAACCAAAACCAAAGGAGGAGGCAAAGAAGGAGGCCAAGAAAGAGGAACCUAAGGCUGCAGAGGAAGAAGAAGCACCUAAACCAAAGGCGAAGAAUCCUUUGGAUCUCUUACCUCCUAGUAAGAUGGUUCUUGAUGACUGGAAGAGGCUCUACUCUAACACAAAAACCAACUUCCGGGAGGUUGCUAUCAAAGGUUUCUGGGAUAUGUAUGACCCUGAAGGAUACUCCCUCUGGUUCUGUGAUUACAAAUACAAUGAUGAAAACAUGGUUUCUUUUGUCACCAUGAACAAAGUGGGAGGAUUUCUUCAGCGUAUGGACUUGGCCCGCAAGUACGCCUUUGGCAAGAUGUUGAUCAUCGGUGCAGAGGCUCCAUUUAAGGUGAAGGGUUUGUGGCUGUUCCGGGGGACCGAGAUUCCUAAGUUCGUUAUGGACGAGUGCUACGACAUGGAGCUUUAUGAGUGGACGAAGGUCGACAUCAGUGACGAGGCACAGAAGGAGCGCGUGAGCCAGAUGAUUGAAGACGCUGAGCCAUUCGAGGGUGAGCCUUUGUUGGAUGCCAAGUGCUUCAAGUGAGAGAAAGAUACGCUGGCUUGACUUUUGUGAUUGUAGUCUUUAUCUAUCCUUUGAUUCAGGAAUUGUUCUAUUAUAUUUUGUCAACUUAUUUUCAGUUUUGUAGCUUUGUCAGUUUGCUAUGUGACUAAUUUAAAAACAAUGUUGGAUUAAUUGAAGAUAUAGAAAUAUACUCUUCAUAUA